AUGAGUCUCGCCACUAUCGGAACGGCCCUCGCGCCCUCCAUCCUGCUCGUCGCAGGUGUUUACGCCGUCAAGCCCGAAUUCGUCACCUAUGCUGUCGCGGCGGCGGCUGUUCUUUCGGCCUUUUUGGCCCUCAGGACCUCGGCCCCUCGGAAGGUCCUGAAUCCCACCGAGUUCCAGGACUUUGUUCUCAAGGAGAAGAAUGACAUCUCCCACAAUGUCUGCAUCUACCGUUUCGCCCUCCCCCGUCCUACCGAUAUCCUCGGUCUCCCCAUCGGCCAGCACAUCUCCCUCGCCGCGACCAUCGCCGGUCAGCCCAAGGAAGUCGUCCGCUCCUACACCCCCAUCUCGUCCGACAACGAGGCGGGUUACUUCGACCUGCUGGUCAAGGCCUACCCCCAGGGUAACAUCUCCAAGUACCUGACCGACCUCAAGGUCGGCGACACCAUGAAGGUCCGCGGUCCCAAGGGCGCCAUGGUCUACACCCCCAACAUGUGCCGCCACAUUGGUAUGAUCGCCGGAGGAACUGGUAUCACCCCCAUGCUCCAAGUCAUCGAGGCCAUCAUUCGUAACCGCCCCCGCAACGGUGGAACCGACACCACCAAGGUCGACCUCAUCUUCGCCAACGUCAACCCCGACGACAUCCUGCUCAAGGAAAAGCUCGAGAAGCUGACCAAGGAAGACGAUGGAUUCCGCGUCUACUACGUUCUGAACAACCCUCCCGAGGGCUGGACCGGUGGUGUCGGCUUCGUCACCCCCGAUAUGAUCAAGGAGCGCCUCCCCGCCCCCGCUGCCGAUGUCAAGAUCCUCCUUUGCGGUCCUCCUCCCAUGGUCAGCGCCAUGAAGAAGUCCACCGAGGCUCUUGGAUACACCAAGGCCCGCCCUGUCAGCAAGCUCGAGGACCAGGUCUUCUGCUUCUAG